AUGGCACUGCGGAAAGUGCGCAGCAACUUGGACCGUUUGUUUGAUAAGAGUUUAUCUGACUUGAUACGUGGUAUCAGGAAUAAUAAGGAUAAUGAAGCUCGGUAUAUUGCGUCAUGUAUUGAAGAAAUAAAAGUCGAACUACGCCAGGAUCCUACAUUUGUGAAGGCCAAUGCUGUUGAGAAAUUAGCUUAUCUACAAAUGAUGGGAUAUGACAUAUCGUGGGCGUCUUUCAACAUUAUUGAAGUCAUGGCCUCUACCAAAUUCACAGAAAAGCGAGUUGGGUGGGAAAUACUAUGUUUUAUCAAUAGUUCUCACUAUUUGGCUGCGUCGCAAUGUUUUCAUGAUAGCACUGACGUUUUAAUGCUAGCGACCAAUAUGAUUCGAAAAGAUUUACAUAGUGGGAACAUGUACGAUACUGGGGUUGCGCUUGGUGCUCUGGCAUGCUUCGUAACCGCGGAUCUUGCAAGGGACCUUGCCUCGGACAUUGUAAAUCUAUUGUCUUCCACACGUCCUUAUAUCCGGAAGCGUGGUGUUCUCUUGUUGUACAAAAUGUUUUUAAAGUACCCAGAAUGCUUAAAGUCGACUUUUCCACGGUUAAAAGAAAAGUUAGAAGAUCCUGAUGCAGAAUAUCGAGCUGUUGUAACUGAAAACCUGUUUGUUUCAGGCGUUCAAAGUGCAGCCGUUAACGUUAUUUGCGAAUUAGCACGCAAAAAUCCGAAGAAUUACCUUACUUUGGCUCCCGUGUUUUUUAAGCUUAUGACUACAUCAUCUAACAAUUGGAUGUUGAUCAAAAUUAUAAAACUGUUCGGUGCUUUGGUUCCUCUCGAGCCACGACUGGGUAAGAAAUUGUUGGAGCCGUUAACUAAUCUUAUUAAUAGCACAUCAGCUAUGUCGCUCCUUUACGAAUGUAUCAAUACAGUUAUUGCAGUUUUGAUUAGCGUUUCAUCUGGUAUUCCUGGAGACCAUACAGCGAGUAUACAACUGUGUGUCCAGAAAUUGGGAGUACUCAUUGAAGAUUCUGAUCAAAAUUUGAAAUACUUGGGCUUGUUGGCUAUGGGAAAAAUACUGCAGUAUCAUCCAAAAGCUGUACAAGCACACAAAGACAUAAUGUUGCGUUGUCUUGAUGAUAGAGAUGAAAGUAUACGUCUCAGAGCAUUGGAUUUGCUGUAUGGAAUGGUUUCGAAGAAAAAUAUUAUGGAAAUUGUACGGAAACUCAUGGAUCAUGUCGAUGCUGCCGAGGGGUCGUAUUACAGAGACGAACUGCUGUCAAGAAUAAUUUCCAUUUGCUCAUACAAUAAUUUCCAGCACAUAACAAACUUUGAAUGGUAUAUUUCUGUGUUAGUUGAAUUGACGAAAGUUGAGGGUACAAAACAUGGGAGUUUAAUCGCGCAACAGAUGCAAGACGUUACAGUCAGAGUACAGUCAAUUAGACACUUUGCUGUAUCGCAAAUGGCUUUACUUGUUGAAAAUGCUCCUCUCUUACUUGCUGGUAGCGAGCAACAUCGCUCUAAUAUUGCAGAGGUUCUACUAGCAGCUGCGUGGAUUUGUGGAGAAUAUGCAGAGCACGUUUGCAAUCCGCAGUCAGUCUUGGAAUCAAUGUUGAGAACCAAAACUAAUGUGAUGCCGGGCCAUGUUCUUAGUGCAUAUGUUCAAAAUAUUGCAAAACUAUACUCGUUACUCCUUUUGAAAGCAGAAGCAGAACAGGAUUGGGAUGUUAUUGAAUCACUUGACAAUUUGAUGCUAUCGAAAUUGCCUCAGUUUGAGUUGUGUGAUCAUUUGGAAACUCAAGAAAGGGCUUGUACUUUGCUGGCGAUACUGCGCUUAGUUGAGCAGUACCAUAGUAAACGGGAGAACAUUGGUGAAGAUUUCGCUAAACUCUUUGAAGGCGAACUGAAUCCUGUUGCCUCAAAGGCUCAAAGAAAGGUUCCUGUGCCAGACGGCUUGGAUUUGGACAAAUGGAUUCAUGAUCCGCCUCCUAGUGACGAAUUAGAGGAAGCAGUCGAAAUGGACGAAGAUUUGUUUGGCCGUAAAGGACUCCGUUCUGAAUUUACUAGGUUCGGCUAUUUUCCAAAAUAUGGAAGCGAAGAGGAAGAAGAAGAAAGUGUGGAAAAAGAAGCGAAGAAGCCCAGCGAAAAAGAAGUAGAAGAAAUCACUGAAGAGGAAUUAUCGAAGCGUCGAGAACGGCGGAGGGCUGAGGUCGAAAAUAAUCCAUAUUAUGUUAAAGGAGACUCAAAACCAUCUGCAAAACGUCCAACAAGAUUUACUGCUCUAAGUUCAACAGAGAAAUGCGAAUCUACGGUUACGGAGCUACAAAGUCCGCUAGAAAUUCCCGGUGUUGUUGGGCUAGAUCGAUAUAUGGAACAGCAGCAGUCAACUUUAUCAUGGAGGGCCGCAAAAAAAGAAAAGAGGUUGAGGAGGACUAAGAAGGGAAAGACUUCGAAGGCAGUUGUAAGCUCGAGUGAUGACGAUGAGCUUGUAAUUGUACAUCAGGUCAACCGUGCGGAUGGUGAAUUACCUGAAAAUGCGAAAACAACGGACGAAGAAGAUAGUGAAAAUGAGGCAAGAGACGAAAUGGAUGCAGUGACUAAAGCACUAGAUUUUGAUUUGGAGGAGGCCUUGAGAGAGGAGAAGGAACGACGAGCGAUGAUGCAAGGGUCAUCUCGUAAUACAGAUUUGUCCCGAGGUGCAACAUCUAAAGAGUCUACUGAUAAUUUAGCCGCAGGCAGUCAUAGUCGUCGUAGUCCAUACCAUGUGAUCACCUCUCCAGGGAAUACGGAGGAGCCGAAGAAGCUGAAGAAAACAAAGAAAACUAAAGAAAAGAAAACAAAAUCGCAUAAGAAGUCUAGCAGUCAGGAAAACGGUGUGGCAGAGAUGUCAGUAGAAUCCCAAUCUUUGAUCCCAUCAGUUGAUGUGGGAAUAGAUUUGACUCACUCAGAUGCUGUGUUAAAAAAUAAGAAACUCGAAAGAAAGAAGGAAUCGAAGAAGAAAAACAAAAAAGUUGUUUCUGGUGAUACUAAGGAUCAUAAUGAAGAUUAUGGGACGGAAGGAAACUAUGAUCCAGGAUGUAAUGGAGAUGUCAAUGGUCAUCAAACUGUAGUGAAGGAAAAUUGUGGGCCUGGAGAAACGGUCGUUUAUGAGAAUGAAAGUGAGUUGCCCAAACUGAGUUCGUAUCGUCUGCUUGCGGAGAAUGAUCGUGUGAAACUAACAUACGACGUCCAAUCUCCCGCGAGUGGGAGCCACGAAGUAACUGUUGGCGUUGUGUUCACAAAUAAAGGUGGUGAUUCUCUUCGACAGCUUGAAAUGAACAUUCUUGACACGUUAAAUGCCAGAUUAGUGCGGGACCCUGCUUCUUCUUCGCUGUAUACGCUUCUUAAAAAAACAAAUUCUAUCCAGGGUGGCAUUGUUCUUAAAUUUCAACUACCUCCCGGAGUUUCGACGGAGAACGCCUUCAAAUUUAACGUUGAGGCCAUGAACGUUUCGCAGCGUUUACGAGGAACACUGACCUAUUUUGUUAAUGUACGUGUGGCUUUCGAAGGCAGUGAAGAAAACGAUGAAUCAGUGGAAGAAAAAUUGGAUUUUCAUAUAUUAAUACCGAGCACAGCUUUUAUUACUCCAGGAACAGUUGGAAGUGAGGGAUUCGAAGUACUUUUGGCUUCAGGUGAUGUAAGUAAAAAGUCUUCGGUUCAGUUCAACACAUCGUUUUCAUGGAAGGAACUGCUUCAGCGUAUAUGUUUUUAUGGUCAUUUUAAUGUCGUUGAAGAAGAGGAAGGUUGUGCGUCUUUAUACGCCCAUCACGCUGUCCGAAUGGACCCAUUAUGUCUUUUGGUGAAGUUAAAGAGUGGCCGAGUUCAAAUUGACGGGAGGAGCAAUGAUGAACAGUUGUUGUACGCCCUUCUAAACGACUUUCGUGAACUGCUUUCACAGUAGCU